AUGUUGAUGCAUGUCAAUUACGAGGCACUAGAGAUUUGGAAGGUGAUUGAACCGGGCGAGAAGGUGAAGAGAGCACAAGAUCGCCAGGCUAUGGGCGCACUACUGCGUUCAGUCCCGAAGGAGAUGUGGACGACUUUGGGAAGCAAGAAGACCGUGAAUGAGGCGAGAGCACAAGAUCGCCAGGCUAUGGGCGCAUUGCUGCGUUCAGACUCGAAGAAGAUGUGGACGACUUUGGGAAGCAAGAAAACCGUGAAGGAGGCGUGGGAGUUGGUCAAGACGAUAAGACUUGGUGCUGAUCGUGUGAAAGAUGUCAAUGCCCAGAAACUGCUCAAGGAGUUUGAGAAUAUGAGCUUCAUGGAAGGAGAGACAAUCGACGAUUUUGGCAUGAGCAUCAACAACCUCGUGGCCAAUCUCAAAUCGCUUGGAGAGAUAGUUGACGACACCUGUGUGAUGAAGAAGUUCCUGCGUGUCGUGCCACCUCGUUUCAGUCAACUUGUGGUGUCAAUCGAGAUGUUCUGUGACAUGAAGACAUUGACGGUUGAAGAAUUGGUGGGUCGGCUGCGUGCAGCUGAGGAUCGCCUAGAUGACAAGGUGGAGCAGAUAACGGACAAGUCAGGGAGGGUACUUCUUGCAGAGGAGGAUUGGUUGGAGAAGCACAAGCAACGUUCUCAGUCAAAUCCCACCAAGGAGGGCAACCAGAAAAGUUUCAUUGGCACUGGAAAUACGUAA